CCUUUUCUCCCACCAAGCAUUUCCCACUUUGAUCAAUUCAAUCCCACGAUCUUCCACAUCUUACUAUCGAGUCCCGCGUUUUCGAUAAAUCUUCACAUCCCACAAAGUGUCACUCGAUUUAUUUUAUAUACACUACUCUACUUAGUAGUACCCUGCCAAUUUAACAGCGUUGUCAGAUAAAUGUCAAUUAUUUAUUAGACUUUGGUUGUUGGAAAAGCACCUGCAGCGCAUGACGGCUGUAUUCUUCCAGAAAAAACCUUCCCUUCCUUUUCCCUCGCCUCACCACGCCUCGCCCUGUUCGGAAUAGCUUCGACUUCCUAUGAAUCCUACUUCGGAUCGACUUGUUAAGUCCAGACUCGACUCUUCCCUGGUUUGUCGUCCGGUGAGUCUGCGUGAAGUCUCGGAGGAGAGAGAUACAGGUAUCGUCGUCGCCUUCGGUUGACUGGCUGGCUCGGAACAAGCUUCUGGGUCGAGUCAGCAAUACGCAAGCGUAUGCCUCGCGCUUCAGCAUCGGCAAAGCGACAGCACGGUCUUUCCAACCCUCGCGAUACUAGACAUGAAAACGGUUUAGUAGGACCCGGGAAGCGCGUCUCUAAGCAGAAAAGCCAGGUCCACCUGAACGGAAAUGCGAAGCAGCCCAUCGACGAUGCAGCCACGCCCCCGAUUCCCUCGACACCGCCUCCUUACGCAAACGGAUACUCCAAGCAACCGACUGAGAUGCCUGCCGACAAUAGGGUCACGGAGUCUUUGAGAAGAGGCUCUCUUGGCGGCUUCUCCGAAUCUUCGUCAUCUGAGUCUUACCAAUCUCAUGUCGGACAAACCCAUCUCGAGGAGAACCACCGUCGUAUCGAUGUAAAUGCUACCAAGAACUCCAAUGUCCACCGUGAUCCUGGUCCUUUUGGUGUCGACUUCGCUCUUACUGUCCUCCGGUCCUGCCCCCUGCAAGAUACUAUUGCCAUUCUCAUCAUCUUAAUGCAGAUCCCCCCUCUUGCUUUGUCCGGCAUAUAUGUGCUUUUCACCUUGCUUACCUUCGUGACGAGCAAUGGCCUGACCUUUAGCGAUGUAUUCGAAUGGAAUCUAGGUGCCCCUUCUUUGGCGACUGUCGUAUGUGUUGAUGGUAUCGUGCUUUUAAUAUGGCUAUUCCUAUGGGGUCCGAUUCAACACGUCAUUCUAGAUCUAGCACAGAUGGUCAUUGCCUUAGGCCUGGGUGGUGGCUCGAGUUCAAGAGAUGGAGGCUCCAUGAAGAACACACUCAUCUGUCUCAGCAUGAUCCUAUUGUCUCACGUUCUGCGUCACACAACGAUGAAGUAUUCUCCCCUGGGAUAUCUCUUGGGCUCGAGCCGCUUCAUGGCUCCUGAUCUUGACGACCCCCUUGAGUCUUUAGAGUCCAUACGUGGCUAUGACAAAGUACAGACGGGAUGGUUCGGUUGGGUCAAGAGCAUAUUGGCCAUCCACAUUUUGACGCAGGGUCUCGUUAAAUACAUUCGAGAUUGGUACUUAAGACGCGAGAGACGCGACAUCCUAGCUCAGAACGCCGCCGAUCCCGAGGCAGGAAAAUCUUUUGCUGCAGAAAAUGACGGAGGAUUUUCUACUCCAGAUAGCGAUACCGCGUCUCUUCAAAGUACGACAGCAUUAACUACAAAAAAGAAAAGAAAACAAAGCGCACAGAUUCGGAAUCGGCAGCCACUUUGGGCAGCCUUAGCGAGUACCAAAAUUGUCGUUGUAAAAGAAUAUGAACUUACUCAUGCCGCAGCGGAGUCCGCAGGUUCGAAUGCUACCGACAUUCAUAACCUGGGGAAUGCCCCUUUCAACACACAGCCUGAACAAAUUUGGAUAUCCUACGUUGGAUGCGACGAGGUAUGCUUCAAUACAAGCCAUUUCCCCGCUACAUCCGAGCCGAACGCUUCGCAAGGUAGUUCGAGAAUGGAAGUUUGCAAACCGUUCUACGUUAGGGUGAAUAACGCAGUCUGGCAACCCACUCGGAUGGUUCCGGUGCAUGAUGCCGAGGAGGAUGGUUGCCAGGGAAUUCGAUGGAGUGGGGAUAUUUAUGGGUUGACUCCUAUGUCAAACUACGAAUGCCAAUUCGUCAGCACCACAACACAUGAGGUUUUGUUCUCGACUAGUGUUAGGACCACCCAAGCCAAGUCGGCAGAUGUGGAUGCUAGUACCAACAAGCCUACCGGUCAACGAUCUCUUCGACUUGAUUCGCCCAUCACAACCCUCAGGACUUCCAUCGCUGCCGCUGAAAGCAAAUUGGCUGAAGAGAAGGCUCGCCAGAAAGCGUUGCGAAAGGAGUUCCACCGCAAGGCAAAUGCCUUGAAGAAGGAGAAUGAAAAGCUUUCUGUAGCAGUUCUGUCAGCCGGCACGGGUGACGAUAAGCUACGCCAAAAAAUCCAGCAGAAUACUACCCAGCAGAAGCAGGCCGAGCAGGCGGUGAUGAACGUGGAAGCAGAAUUGAAGGGGCUUGAGUCAAUUCCUGAAUCUUUGAGAUCUGCCUGGAAAUCUAAGCAGUCUACGUGGACCAAGGAGAAGGCCAAGUACGACAGCGCCGUUGCUGCGUUUAAGGGGUUCAAAGCGUCUGUCGAUCGUGGAAUCAAAGCUCUUGAGGAAGAGAAGACUAGCCUUCAAGGAAAACGCAACAAGAUUAGCAAUCGCAUAGCCAAAGUCGACGGUGAGCAUGCACGGAUAGCUGACGCCAAUGCUCGCGGCCUUGAUGAAGCAGAACGCCGUCGGCAAGCUCGGGAGACGUACGAAAACGAUAUUGCAAAAGUCGAGCGUGAUCUUAUCGCCAAGAUCAACGAAGUAGACACCGCCAUUUACAACAAGGAACAGGAUAACAUGGCACUGAAAGCGCAGCUUGAUUCGUUUCACACGCAACAACAGGCAGCUUAUGCUUACGCCGCCACCUACGAAUUUCCCGAUGCUACCGUACCAUAUUCAUCUCCAGGCCCAGUUCCAUCAACACAAGCGACUGCAAAUAAUGCGACCCCGUAUGAUGCUACCGCUUCCUGGAACAACAGUUUGUAUAAUUCCUCACUUUGGGGUCACUCAGCACUUGCGCCAGGAUUCAUGUCGCAGGGAGCUGCCACAUCGAAUAAUGUUCAGCAGCCUCGUACUAAGGCUAGAGGUCGUUCAUCCUCGAUGCUUAGUGAUGUGUCUGGAUUUACGCAAGUCAGCACGCCGGAAGAUGAAGGAAACAGUACAUUUCCAGCCAUUUCACACGGCCAAAAUAACUCUGGGUAUUCAAGCGUUCCUCCUGGUUUUGAGUUUCCGACGCCAACUGGACCUCGAAGCGAUGCUGACGGCGAGGCUGUGAGCCUUGGUAGUGGUAGUGGUAGUCUCAGUGGGGGCAGCUUUGGAACUGGUAGCGACGGGGAUCCAAUGAGCCCUCCACCGUAACCCAUCAAUUCGUCCAAUGGUUUACGCUCGCCAAGCUGAGGUGUGGAGGCUGAAGGCUAUCUUGAUACGUACCUAGGUUUUCCGCAACGGGGAUGUCCAUCUUAUCUGUUCAGGCUGAGUAGAUUGGAAUAGGCAAUGAGAAAGUUUGUUCUUUUAUACCGCAUCUCUUGAGAUCUUGCAAGCUAUUUAUUACUUUAUUUAUGUAUGUGAUGUGACUAGUUAUGUACAUAGGUAAGCUCCUGGAAGUGAUACUGAUGUAAGUUAUCAUACGUACCAAUCUAUAGACU